AUGUCGGGCCAAAAUACCCCACCCUUGGGUUUCAAUCAUCAGAACUUUAGCUAAUCUGCUUAAAAUGGAGCACCUGGUCCAGAGAAUGAUGAUGUUAGCAGUUUGUCACCAACUGGUUCUGAUUCCGGAUCUCCAAUGGCUAUUUUUAACUUGUCUUAGUCAUAGGGCAAAGUAUGUCCAAUCUGUACUUUUACAAAUGCUGCUAAUGCAAACAGUUGCGAUCAAACUCAGUAAUUUCAACCUGAGAUGAGUAACAACAACAUGACAAUAAGGAAUAAUGACCCAUCGGGGAAAGUCGGAUAAGGAGGAUAAGAUAAUGCAUUUAUAUUUGAUAACCUCGGUGUUUAUGAGCCCUCUCCAGAGACAAAAGCAAAGUAACGCUAUGAGCAUUCUUUUCGAGCAUAUUCAAGGGGCAAUAAUGGGUCAGGGGGAGAUAAGUAGAAUUUCUCAAAUAAUAAUUAGAAAUAAUUUCACUCACAAAGCAUGCCCACUCUUCCGAAAUUGGCUGGUCAAAGUAAUUCACUAACAACUAUUUAGGAAGAGAGCUAAGGUCAUACUGAAAAUGAUGUUGUUGAUUAAUAUCAUUAUACUAAUAAGAUUGGAGAUAAAGUGAAUACAAUGGUUAUUACCAGAAAUGAAGAGAAUAAUGAAUAAAAUUUCAGACCUGAAACUUCCUUUAGGCCUGAAACAUCCGGGUAUAAGAGUUUUAAUUGGAAUUAAAAUGGAAAUGAAUAAGCGAGAUAGAAUGGCAUGAUGCCACCAGCUACUGCAUUUGGUGCUUAGCUCUGGCACUAAGGACAUUAAAAAGAGAGAUAUGUAGAUGCUGAGCUUCGAAAAAGCUAGUAUGGAGAAGAGUUAAGAGAAUAACUGAAAAACAAUGAAGCUAAAAAGCGCUAUCAGCAGCUUGAGGACAAGGUAGCUGAUCAUAACUUCCUUGAUGAGUAUUACUAAUACAAUCCGUUUGGUAGAGGAGGUGGAGGUGCCCCACUCAGAGAUUAAUACGGAACAAUGAUUACAACUAGAAAACCUCAAAAUAGGAAUGAAUAUCAUAAAAACUUUGCAUAUAAUAGAGGGCCAAAAUACUCAGUAAUGAGUAGUUCAAGACCUGUAACAAAGCAUGGUAUGACAAGCUAUUUUGAUCAUUAUGGCAAGCCUAGAGAUUUACAUACAAGAGGUGUAAAUAUUGGCUCUUACCAUGGAGGUCCUCCUCAAACAGGUUAUAUACCUCCUCCUACUUCUUUUGGUAUGUAAAAUUAAAACAAUGUCCAAACAUAACAUCAUUAACCUCCUCCACAGACAACUAUAAUCUAACACACAAUUCAGUAGCCGUAAGUUUAACCAUAAGUGGUAGUUCAGCACGUAAAUCCUAAUUUCUAGCCAGAUUACAUGGUCGAUGCUCAAGCUCAGAAAGCUGAUUACAUCGUUGGCGAUACUGUUAAUCCUUAUUAGUUUUGGAAUUUACCUAAUUACUAUGACUGGGUGGCCUGGUAUAAUGAAAUGCUGAGUUUACUUUAUCAAGAUAGGCUCAAAAGAGAAGAGGAGGACAAAUUGAGAAAAUAACUUUUAGAUGAGUAAGAGGCAAAAUUGAUGAAGGAAAGAUCUGAGCUUGAUCAAAAAUACCAAGGAGACUAUGAUAGAAGAAUAAAAGAAAUACUUGCGAUGUAAAAAGAUUAGAUGAAUGAAAUGGAGUAAUAUUGGGGUCGAAGGCAUUCAGAUGAGCUUGCAAGAUGGGAAGAAAUGCUCAGACUAAGGCCUUAUGUGGAUAGGAUAGAUAAUUAUGAUGCUCUAAGAAUGACUUAAGGUCUUGUUGAUCAUUUAUAAAAUUCAGUUAGGUAUGAACUAAAUAGAGUGUAGGGAGAUACUGCUGAUAAUGAUAAGUAAAUAUAAAAGAGAAUAAAUAAUUUGAAGAGCGCAAUAAGAGAUAAAUAUUGA